AAGAAAAAGAAGAAGAAGAAGAAGAAGAAGAAGAAGAAGAAGAUCGCUCGCCUCGGUCAAUUCCAGCUCCAAGGCCUGAUUCCGCGUUCCCCAGCUCGAUGGAUCACUACAAGGUGCUAGGGUUGCAGCGAAGCGCGACCAAGGAGGAGAUCAAGGAAGCGUUCCGCAAGCUGGCGAUGAGGUACCACCCGGACAAGCACUCGCGGUCCUCGGAGGCCGUACGGGACGACGCCGUCCGCCGGUUCAAGCAGCUCUCCGAGGCCUACGAGGUCUUGGCCGACGAUCGCAAGCGCGCCGACUACAACUCGCGCUCGCGCGGUGGGAGUUACUACGGCGGCGCUGGUGGUGCCGGCGCGAGCGGUGGGCACGGACGCGGAUAUGGCUAUGGUCGAGGUGGUUAUGGUAGGGGCAAUGAUUAUUCGCGCGCUCGCGCGAGCGGUGAGGGCGUUGGUGGAUUGGGUGCUAAGUUUGAAGCGGCAUUGCGGUUCAUGACCACUCGGGCGUUUCUUCUUAAUGUGGCCUUCGCUGGUACUCUAUUAGGUGCCGCGGUUGUCAUUGAUAGGGGAAGGGAGGCCCUGUGGAAGAUGCAAAAUCCCGGGAAAUCAUUUGAAGAAGCAAUGGAAUCCAUUGAGAAGGCGAAAGCUCAAAGAGAUAAGAUGUGAGAGGGAUUUCAAUGGUACCUGCAGUGACAACCAAUCUCACUUGGCAGCUGCAGUUCAGACUGCUACACAUGCUCUUGGACCAGACUAAUGACAGCUCUUUACACCAUUCUUCUGAUAAUUUUCUUAGUGCAUCGUUCUUUCCACUCAAUGUUUCCAUGUUGUGGGAGAGAUCACAAUGUCUGUUUAUAGCAUGUGUUAAAUUGAGCCUAAACUCUGACCAAAAAACAAAAAAAAAAAAAAAAAGAAUCGAGCCUAAACGACAUCUCAGAAAUUGGAGGAUAUGGAACUUUCUUCUACUAUUAGGUGGAAGAUCUUACCGAUCAGGGAGUUUUUCGACGUGAGGUCUUUUUUGUGAUCUCCAUCACUAGUCCCGUUAUCUGUUGUAUGUAAAUUGGUCGAGUCUGCUGGACCAAGUUUAUGUGAUAAUUUCCCCAAAUAUGUAAAUUUCAGAAGAAAUAGAUUUAUACCAUUGCCUUUUGUGGGUGCCAAUUGCCAUGCAAGUAAGCCCCCUUUCCUGCUUCUCUCUUUUCUCGCAUAGAAUGCUUUGCGAUUUUAAAAUCUACAACACCCCCUUCCCAUCUCUCUCUCUCUCUCUCUCUCUCAAGAUUGAAAACGAGUUAGAGCACACAAAUAUCAUUUUCUCAAUUUAGGCGUUUUACUUUAACAAAUUAGAGGAAUUACCAACGGACAUGGUUUAGUUGAAGUUAGUGAGGAAAAGGGAAGAACUUUAGCAUAUUCUCUUAAUGUAUGGACUUGAGUCUUUACAUAAGGUCAAAUUCAUUACCCUACAAUUAUUGCCGGGCCAGUGGAUGUGAACUUGUGGCGCACUCCUAAAAAUGAGAAAGCAGCAAAGUUUGUCAUGUCUAUUAACUUAUGGAUUUGGCUGUUUUCCAUCUUGUCUCUUAAUUGACUCCAUUCUUUGGUCCUAAUUGAUCCUGUUCUCUUUCCCUUCUAAUAAAGUUAGAUUACUCUAGUUUCUGUUGAAGAUAGAAAUAUGCCUUUCAGAGAGUCUUGAGCGGGUGCAGACAAGAAAUCUUGUCAGCAGAUAGGCGGCAAGCUAAGGUAUGUGCCAGUUGCUUCCUUUACUAUAACAAGAGAAGAAGGGAAAAAAGAAAAAGGAAACAUUAGAUAUAACAAGGAAAUACUAGUUUGCUUUUGCAUGGUUUCUUGGUUUUUCUUAGGUCUGCUGUUCUCGAAGUGCAUUUGUGCUGGAUGAUAGUAGCGUGCAAUUCUGGAUCGGUUUAAUAAUGCUUAGUUCCUGUUUCCAGAAGCAUGGCAUGAGCCAGGAGACUGUUUAGUUAAUCUGAGGAAGCAGAAUUUAUAUUGCAAUAUUAUUGCUUGGAGAGACUAUGCCUUGCUAGACACUGCAACCUAUCCAAGUAUUUCCAGUCCCUGAGUGUGUACAUAUACCCACACUUUUUACAUGGUUCGCUGUUCUUUAUUGGCUAUCAUUUAUACCCUCCAAUGAUACAACACAGCAAAUGCUGAAGAAUGGAAGUAUUUUCUAUCUAUGCACGGGUCCAUGCACCGGACCCUGGUGGUGGAACUGUCUGAGAUUUGCCUCUGCAAUGGCAUAAACAAUUCUCCGUCGGUAUAGCGAAUGGAAGAACAGUUCUUGAUGCAGAAAAACCACUUCAUAGGUGCACAGAAAGUCAAUUAUCUGUUGGUUAUCUGUAAUAUGAAAUGUUUUAAGGGAGAGAAACAUUAGAUUCUUUCAAAGAAAAAAAAUGAGGGAAUGCUACUUGGGAAAAUUCCACCUAAAUAAUCUACAAUGUUUUCUUUUUCGCUUCCGGCCUCGUUAGGUAGAAGAAAGAGGAAAUGCUAUUUUGUGAUAGCGCACCUAAAUCAUCUGGAAUGUUAGUUUUUUUGGCUCAUAGAGAAAAGAAGAAUUUUGUGGUUGGGUUGGGGUGGGAGUGGUGGUUGGUGGGGAAGGGAGAACCUGAAUAAAAAGAAAAGAGGAGCACUGGGUGAAACUGUGCUUUGAGAUAAAUUCAUUUUAUUGUGUCAAACUUUACCGAAUUCUUUUUAUUGUGGGUAUCAGAUGGUAAAGCCACUUUUUGAGCCCAAACUUGCAAGAAAUUGAUAUUUCUCUGUUGCUGAUUUGAUGUCCCUCAGAGCCAGAAAAUAGAAGAUAAGCUCCUUGAUAUGGAGAGAAUCUUGAAAUAUUUGGAACGAUAAGAGAACCAAGAAGGCUCCAACUAUGAUGAAUAAUGUCGAAUGAUGAAGGAAGGCGAUGAAAUAUCUAUUGUCAUCUGCUCUUGAUAAGUUAUCAACCAUCUGUUAACUCUAAAUUGCAAUGAUGGUUUCAUAUUGCGGCUCUCUGGCUUCCAUCUGCAAAUAUGCCUCAGAUAUAGAGGUUGAUGUUUAUAUAGCCAUCAAGGUCAGCAGCUUGCUGGUAUAGCUAGGAGCCUAUGGCACUUGGUGAAGCAGAACAGUUGAGAGAGGUAAAAGUCAGUGAGGCAGCAUGAAGAUGAUGCUUCGUUCUACGUAUUCGUUUGCUCAGAUUUUGAACUCAUGACAUCGAAUUAUGAGAAGAUUUAAACUGCAGAACUCCCAAAAAGAUAGUAACUAAAUGUUUUAAUCAGCCAAUUGUGAUUCCACAGGGGGUAUGUACAUGUCAAAGCUCAUCGUUUAAUAGAGAUUAUUCUGACAGAAGCCGUUUGGUUUUAGAGACGAAUCAUGUCCGUUUUUUGCCUCUACCAGAAAAUGCAUUGACGAAUACAUGUGCCUGAGAAAGCAGAGAGGAGAAGAAGCAGUUUUUGAAUCGAGGUACAAACAUCCAUUUGACAAGAGUUCCAGUAUGAAGAUGAUUGCAGUGAAUACAUAUUCUGCAUAAUGCCGAAUAAAGUCCCUGUCCCUGAUCGGUGUUUUUUUUUUCUUUUCUGAGUUUUUACAUCUACUUUUAUCUGAUGAGGGUGGAGGUGAGGCUGUUGGCCAUCUUAUGCAUCUGCUCCGAGUUUUUUUCUCUUUGAAAAGGUAUCUGUGAGUUUCUUCUUCUGCUACUAAGAACCUUUCAAUCCUCAAACCCAAAGCAGAGAGGUUCACGUUCCUUCUGAUUUCUCAGUUAACGUGGGCACAAGGUUUAGUGGAAGAGCAAUACAACACCACUCACUCUGCAUGUGUCAAGUGGAGACGAAUGUGGACUGCACGUACCUCUUCUUUUUCUCUUGGGAAUCUACAUCUACUCCCAUGUUUCUUCUCCCAAGACUUCGUGCAGAAAUGUCAAAGCACCCACCUUGAAUUCUUGUUUUUCAAUGCCGUUGAAAACACUGGUGGAAUUCUGAACCGGGGAACGAGAUGGGCGGUAAAGCAAAUACCAUAUAUUAAUCGACCGGCUUUGACGUAACUCGGACGACCACGGCGAACCGGCCACGGAGGACUUUGCACGGCGGAUUUUUUAUGGGGCCAAAUAAAAGCAACAAUCUUCAGCGUCAACCACAUCAGAUAUCGUUGUGUGAAAAUUACUUUUCAAAUGCGACUGCGUCAAUGAAGAUUUAAUAUAUUCGAGUCCCAUCUUUCUAUUUUAUAA